AUGAAAUCGACAGGCGAUGCCCAAUCUAAUAUGACAUCUCAAUCCAUAGGGGUUGGUCAAACCCACAGCCCAGCUGCAGUGGAAGAAUUUCCCAUUGUCACCCGUCUCACCCAAGGACUCGCUGAAUGUGACUGGGACCAACUGCAAGAAAAAUACACGGAUGCCAUGGAUGAGCACAGCCGGGUAGAGGAGGAGCUUCGCGUCGAGACCGCAAGAUUGCUAGAGGCUUUCACAGCUUGGUCCCAAACGACUGUCUUACAAGAUGAGAGACGGGCUUUAAAACGAUUCAAGACACAGAUGCAGCACGUACAAAACUCCGAAGUGAGCGUGGAGAAUAAGAAAAAGCACUACAAUGAUGUUGUCAAGGCGUUCCAGAGCGCCCUAGCCCUGCUCAACGAGCAGAUGAAGGCUUAA